AUGGUUGACGGCCUGGAGGCCCUGUCUCUGAAGCUGUUUUCCGAGCUCCUUGGGCGAUCACAAGAGGAGAUCCUGGUCGAGCUUGCGUUGGUUCGUAAUGAGCUUAAGAACAGCACGUUUCAUGCGAUGUUUGACAUUUACGUUGUGUAUGGACAGAAGCCCCUUGAGGCCAAGUCCGAGUCACAUUAG